AUGAGUUACAGACCAAGAUCGCGGUCACCCGACUACCGAAGAGGUCGCGAGCGGAGCUACUCCCCCUCUCGCGCGCGCGAGUACUCGCCCUCGCGCGGUAUGGAUUACGGGAGAGAUGACUACCCUCCGCCACCACCGCAGAGACGGGACGAUCGCCCGCCUCCGAGAAGAUAUGAUGACGACGACCGCGUGCCGCCGCCCAGGCGCUACGAUGACAGGAGACGAUACAACGACGACGACCGUCGCCCACCUCCACGCCGGUACGACGAGGACAGGGGCCAACCGCGUCGCGACGAUCGGGGCCCUCCACCACGCCGUGAUGAUCGGCGGUCACAUCGCGAUCGCGACGAUUACAAUGACCGUCGAUACCGUGAUCGCGACCGCGACUUUGACCGUAACGACCGCGGAGACAGGCGCGAUGACAGACGGCACGACUAUGACGAUCGCCGCCCACCAGCUUCUGAGCCAUCAAAAGACAUCAUCUUCCUCGGCCUCGACCCGCAACUGACAGAAGACGAAUUGCUCGCCUUCCUGCGCAUGCAGCACAAGGCGCAGGUCGACUCGGCCAAGAUUGUGCGCGACAAGUUCACGGGCGAGUCGAAGCUGUUUGGAUUCGUCCAGUUCUCCACUUUGCCAGAGGCGAUCCGCUUCAUGGACAACAAUGCGCCGACCGUUUCCAUGCCCGCUUUGUAUGGGCACAGCGAACCCAAACGUGUCAAGAUCGACUACGCGGGCAAUAAGGAGGAACGGGACCGGGGCGGUCACCACGGCCAUAGUCACGGCGGCCACGCUCCUGUGCAAUCUGGCAUGCAGAUGCACGACGGAACGCGAGACAUCGGUGCCCCCGGUGCUGGCGGAAGAGUCCUGCUCGUCCGUGGUCUCGACCCGGGCACGUACGUCGGCGAGGUGACGCGGCGGUUUGCGGACGAGAUUGCGCGCUUGCUUGGCAAAGACGUCCGGCAGGCGGAGACAACGAUCACGCGCGUGGUCAUGAUCAACGACCGUGCGACAGGAAACCCGUGGCGGUACGCAUUCGUCGAGCUUGCCUCUCCUGAGCUGGCGGCCGCGCUGCUGCCUUUCCUGAUCACGCCGCAGACUCAGCCGAACGGAUUCCUCAUCUCGCAGGUUCCUGUGGCUGUCUCGUUCGCCAACCUCGAUGCGUUUGUCCCCGUGCCUGCCGGGCCGCUAGGAAGUGAGUUCCUGGUCAAAGCGGCGCCCAACGGCGGUAUCGGCAGCAACACCAUCGACAGCGACGACGGCGAGUGGGUCAGAUACUGGCACGAGGCGGCUGGUGCUGUGCAGUCUGCGCCGCGAGGCGCCCUCCCAAUCCCGGACAAGGGCAAGGAGCUCGAGCUACCUAAGGAGAUGUGCGAGUUCCUCGGUCACCUGUCCGGCAAGAAAUGGGUGCCUCCGCAACCGACGACGACGGCCGGCGACGCACCAGCAGCCAGCCAGCACCAGCAGCCUGGCACAAGCUCCGGCCCUAUCAAGAUCAGUUUCGGCAAGAAGGUUAGGAAGGAAAAGCAGCCGGAAGACGCCAUGGUCACGAUCAUGUCGAAGCGGAUCGGGGACGAAGAGGAGAUUGACCUCAUUGGCAAGGACACGGUCCUACUCUCGAGGAGGCGCGAAGAUUAUCCCCCCGACCUCGACGAGCAGCAAGGUAUCCCUCCUCACCCUCUCCGCUCUGCUCACAUCCAGGUCAUGAAGAAUAUCUCCAAAUGGAACACGAAGCAGGGGGAGCUCGCGGCCCCGGAUCCGCCAAAGAAGAAGGCCGAGCCCGUCCUAUCGUCAGCGAACAGCAUCAGCGUUGCCGGCAGCGGAGGCGGCUCCUUCAGCGACGACGGCGGCGAGGAAGCGGCCAACCUGGCCGCCAUGCCCGCCGACGAGAACUUCGACUACACCGACACGACGCAGUUCAAGACUAACCUGCAAGACGCGCAGACACGAGAGGCAGGCAAGAAGCGCAAACUCGCGAUCACCGGCGCGCUCGAGGCGGGUGACUACAGGGACCGCGCGAAGGAGCGCCGCAAGGUCUUCAACCAGCCCGCCAAGGUCAAGUGGCCCCAGCAGUACCCGCACCACCAGCCCGCGCCGAAGAACGCUCCGCAAACUGCAGCCCCGGCACCGGAAAAGCCCGAAGAGCCGGCCGUCGGCAACAAGCUCCUCGCCCAGAUGGGCUGGAAGGACGGCGAGGGCCUCGGCAAGUCGGGCGAGGGUCGCUUCGCGCCGAUCCAGGUGCAGCAGUUCGCCGAGCGCGCCGGACUUGGCACAUCGAAGGGCCGCGACGUGACGGCCUCAUGGCAAGACCAGAAGAAAGACUUGGAACGCUAUGAAGAAGCUUCGAGGUCUUGA